UUGUCACUGUGCAGCGCCUUCGCUCGUGCGUAAUCAGACUCCAGCGCAGCAGCUCGGCACCGUUUGCACACAGACGCCUGGAGUGCGUCAGACCGAGCGGAGCUGCGCACCCUGCCAGCCGGAUCCAUUCAGCGCAAUUAGUUCCCACUAACAAGUGGGUCAGUCGGAGCGCGUCCACUGCUGCUAAGCUUUCUCGCCGGACCCCAUCCAGCCGCGAUGAUUAAGUAGAACCCCCCCCCCCCCCCCCCCUAGCACAGCACCCGGAGGAGACUCCGAACAUGAACCGGAUAGGAGUGUCAUUCCUGGACCCUUUGGACGACUACGAGCUGGUCUACCGGAUUGGCUGCGGUACCUACGGAGAUGUGUUCAAGGCUCGUAACAUCGGGACGUCUGAACUGGCAGCUAUCAAGAUUGUCAAGCUGGACCCUGGCGAUGACAUUACGUCCAUCCAGCAGGAGAUCACCAUGAUGAAGGAAUGCAAGCACAAAAACAUUGUGGCCUACUUCGGCAGCUACCACAGGAACACCAAGCUGUGGAUCUGCAUGGAGUACUGUGGUGGAGGGUCUCUUCAGGAUAUUUACCACGUGACGGGCCCUCUGAAGGAGAAGCAGAUAGCGUACGUGUGCAGAGAAACCCUCCAGGGUUUGUACCACCUGCACGAGACUGGCAAAAUGCACAGAGACAUCAAGGGAGCCAACAUCCUUUUGACAGAGAGAGGAGAUGUAAAACUGGCUGACUUCGGAGUGGCAGCAGAGAUCAGUGCCUCCGUAGCCAAAAGGAAGUCUUUUAUAGGCACUCCCUACUGGAUGGCUCCGGAGGUGGCUGCCGUCGAGAAGAAAGGUGGCUACAACCACCUGUGUGACAUCUGGGCCGUCGGCAUCACCGCCAUCGAGCUGGCGGAGCUCCAGCCGCCCAUGUUUGACCUCCACCCAAUGAGGGCGCUGAUGUUGAUGUCCAAGAGCAGUUUCCAGCCUCCGAGACUAAAGGACAAAACCAAAUGGUCGGCUAGUUUCCAAAGCUUUGUGAAGAUGUCUUUGAUUAAAAGCCCCCGUAAACGACCCUCGGCGGAGACGCUGCUGCAGCAUCCAUUUGUGACACAGCUCCUGACCCGCAACCUGGUCAUUGAGCUGCUGGACAUGGCCAAUAACCCUGAGCUCCACAACAGCCACGCGCACAGCAUGGAGGACAACGAGCUGGAGGUUGGGGAAGUGGCUCCUGACAAGAUUCAGUCAGCAGGGAAACACCUGCCUGUAGAGAGGACCCUGUCUGAAGAACAAUUCGACCAGGUGAAGUUUGGGCCUCCGCUGAGGAAAGUCACUGAGCCAUAUCCUGGUUUGCAGGGCCCCUAUGAUGAUGACUGGAGUCUCUCUGGAGACGAAGACAACUCACCGAGCCUGUUGGAAUGUGUGGAGCAAGCUCUGCAGCUGAGAAGUUUAACCAUUAAGAGAGCGCCAUCUACUGAUGGAGGUAGAAAGAGCGGUUUAUUCAGUCCGUCCACAGCAUCUCUGCCAGCCUUUAGGUCUUUAACGCCCAACACAGAGGACAGUGACCUGACAACGAGACCCAGCUGCACCCUGGGCCCUGACGCUGCCGUCACUGCUGACCCCACCUCCACAACAGUGUUAGCCAGGUGCUCGGCAACACACGACAUCAGUGAGCGCGGCAGCGGCCCGUGCCCCCCUGAGGGGGGCGCUGCAGCGGCAGAGAAGAAGAAGGUUGCCAGCGUUUGCUCCAUGAAAAGAGAGACGGCGCUCUCACCCGAAUGGAGCACACUGAGGAAAAACACAGAGGACGCUAGGGCUGAUUGUCAUGGACUUCCUCCUACCCCUCAUGUCCAUAUGGGAGCUUGUUUCUCCAAGGUCUUCAACGGUUGUCCUCUUAGAAUCCACUGUGCCGUCACAUGGGUUUUACCCAAAACAAGAGAUCAGUACCUUAUUCUUGGGGCAGAGGAGGGCAUCUACACACUGAACCUUAAUGAACUUCAUGAAGACACACUAGAGAAGCUGCUCCCUCAGCGAUGCACAUGGCUGUACGUCAUGAACAACGUGCUGAUGUCCGUAUCAGGGAAGUCCUCCCAGCUUUACUCCCACAAUCUGACCGCUCUGUUCGAACAGAGAGGACACCUGCAGAAGAAACACGGCAGUCUGUCGCUCAGCACCAGCCGCUUCACCGAGAGAAUCAGCUCCAGCCACAGAAAGUUUGCCACUUCUGUGAAGAUCCCCGACACUAAAGGCUGCAGGAGAUGUAGUGUGGCACGAAACCCGUACACAGACAGCACAUUUCUAUGUGGGGCUGUUCCAUCCGGCCUAGUUCUUCUUCUGUGGUAUGAGCCCCUGCAGAAGUUCAUGCAACUAAAGCACAUUGCGAUGAGGCUGCCGGACUCUCUGCCCAUCUUUGAGCUGCUGGUUUUGGUGUCGGACGAGUUCCCUCAGCUGUGCGUUGGGGUGAGAUACGUCAGCAACGGGAAGCGUCCAAUCGGAGAGCAGCUCAAGUUUGAUAUUAUAGAGCUGAACAGCGCAACCAUUUCAGCACCAGACAGCGGAGCCCUCGGGGCAGUGCAGGUUACCCAGAUGGACAGAGACACUGUUCUCAUCGCAUUAGAACAAACCGUGAAGAUAGUAAACCUGCGAGGGCUUCCAACCAAAGAGCUGGCCGCCGAAAUGGUCUUCGACUUCCCCAUCGAAACUCUAGUCUGCUUGCAGGAUAGUGUGCUGGCUUUCUGGAAGCAUGGCCUCAAAGGGAUGAAUUUUCAUUCAAAUGAGGUGACACAGGAAAUUACAGAUCAGAGUCGAGCAUUCCAAGUCUUGGGGACAAGCAGGGACAUCAUCCUUCAGAGCACACCCACAGAUGACCCCUCGGCACUCAGCAACCUGUACAUCCUGACUGGACAUGAAAGCAGCUACUGAUGGAGCACAACGGCUCAACCUUCUUCCCACUGAAGUCCCACUGAAGACUAAUGCGGAUCUACUGUAUUUCUGUGUGGUGGAGAAACCAAGCUGCAGCAGAAACCAACCCCCGACUCUCACAUUAGGAAUUCAGUGACCUCAAAAUGUCAGUGGUCCAGGACAAGAGGGGCGCGUUUCUAACGUUGACAUAUUAAAACUGCAGAAGCCAUGGUUUUCAUGUUAAAACAACUUUUCUCUUGCCAGCUAUAAUCCAAGUGAGACUGCUCCUGGAGCACAUUUCCAUUCCUGGUGUGGAAAUCGACUGCGGUCAGACUGUAGAACAACUGGAAAUAAUAUCUGUAACAGAACCCAAACAUUUGUGAACCGUUGUUUCGAAGCCUUCCUUUGUUUACUGUCUCUUUCUCAGUCACUGGACCCGGGACCGUCAAGCAAUGACAUACAUCUACCUUAAAAUCUCAUUAAAGUGAUAACGUUUCUCACGAAAGCCGCAAAGAUGCCCUGUGAAGAAAGUAAAAUAGAAGCCAUGUUUGGGACAAAGUUCGAAAGUUGUCAAAUGACGUAAAUGCUCCAAAGUUUUAAACAUAGAAAUCGUUCACACUUCUCUUCUAUUCUUCAUCCCAUCUGAUAUGAUCGCAAUGCAGCAGGAGCUACAGAAGAUGUGCUGAGCCACAAGUGAAAAGUUAACUGGAGUUGAAGGUGGGGAUCCUGGUGCUGUUACCUUCUAUAUAAUGGACUAUAGAGAGAGAGGUUGCUUUUUUUGGUCUGCGGUCCCAGUGUAUAGUGAGAAGUAUAAUACCCCAUUUAGUGGAUUAAAUAUAUCCCACAAUGAUCAUAAAAAGUAGUUGUCACUAAACAGUGUAUACUGUGCCAUUACGCAUUGUCUGUGAUGAAGGGAGAUUAACAUCACAUCUGAGACAAAUCCUUGAGUUGUGACGCUUCACAACAUACACAAAGUAGUUUGUAUUUAUUAAAUAAGCAUAUUGCCCUCGUAUUUUACCCUGCUUUGCCACUGAGCCACAGUCUCCCUAAAUAAAUCUAUCAUUAAAGUCUUUGAACUCAGAACUCAAAUAUGUAUUUUUUAAAUGUGGCCCUAAUCCGUCUCUGUAGCAAGCCGAAGUAGCACUAAGGGAACAGAAGAUGUGAGAUGUUUUCACCUGCAUCAUUUUACUUUUAAAAAGAACACGUGUGGUAUUCAGGUUCUUUAGGAGUAGCCUGUACAGAAGUAGCGGAAACACAUUUGUCUUAAAGUGAGUAAAGAGAAAACACACAAUCCGGUUGAAGCGAGUAUAAAAGAGGAUUUCAUUCUGCUCACCAUGAAACAUAUUUUGAUUCUCAGUUUGAAUAUUACAAAGACUGUCUGCCACCUCUCAAACGUCUACUUAGCCGGGACCACGUUAUACUGAAAAUCACAUUUAAAUGUAUUUUAAUGAGUGGCAUGUUGAGACGGCCUCAGUGCUGAGAAGUCCUGCUUUAUUUUUGAACAUGAAGGGUCCUUUUUUUGCCUUCAGUUACCCAUUAGGGCCAAACAACUGUGUCCCUCCUCCCUUUAUUAUUAAUUAAACUUAAACAUCGGCUGAAUGUACCGUCGAUUACAUGAGACGCCAGAGAAAUUCAAGUGUUCUACUAGUGUGACUAAAAUGUAAAUUUCACUACAUUAGAGUUUUGUGUUUAAUGAUCUUGUUAUUUAUGAAAAGGGAGCUGUACAAGUAACACUCACCUUUCACAGAGAGAUACUUGAAAGACAUAAUACGCCUCUGGCUUUUUUUUUUUUUUUUUUUAAAGAUAUUGUUAUUGUCUAUAUACUUCAAGGAUAUCGCAAUACUGUGUGCCUUUACAGUAUGGAAGAGUUGUGAUAUGCACAAUAAAGAUUUUAAUAUCC